AUGGCUGAAGCACAGAACACCCCCACCUUCAAGCUGGUCCUUGUCGGUGAUGGUGGUACCGGAAAGACUACCUUCGUGAAGCGCCAUUUGACGGGAGAAUUCGAGAAGAAGUACAUUGCCACUCUCGGUGUCGAAGUCCACCCCCUUGGCUUCAGCACGAACCUCGGCCCCAUCCAAUUCGACGUCUGGGACACCGCGGGACAAGAGAAGUUCGGCGGGCUGCGAGACGGCUACUACAUCAACGGGCAGUGCGGCAUCAUCAUGUUCGACGUGACGUCGCGCAUCACGUACAAGAACGUGCCCAACUGGCACCGCGACCUGGUGCGCGUGUGCGAGAACAUCCCCAUCGUCCUGACCGGCAACAAGGUCGACGUCAAGGAGCGCAAGGUCAAGGCCAAGACCAUCACCUUCCACCGCAAGAAGAACCUGCAGUACUACGACAUCUCCGCCAAGAGCAACUACAACUUCGAGAAGCCCUUCCUGUGGCUCGCCCGGAAGCUCGUCGGCAACCAGUCGCUCGACUUCGUCGCUGCCCCCGCUCUCGCUCCCCCCGAAGUUCAGGUCGACCAGGCUGCGAUGGAGAAGUACCAGCAGGAGAUGGCGGAAGCUUCGGCCAUGCCGUUGCCGGACGAGGAGGAUCCCGACUUGUAA